UGAACUUGAAAUGAAUACAUAAAUAGCCAUUGAAAACAUUCUUGAACGGGCAUUCGAGUCUAGCUAGCUGCCGACAUUGGACGCGUUUAAAAACAAGUCAACUGAAAGUCUGCACGCCUGAACGUUACGGUGUCAAUCACAUAAUACAAAAUGAUUGCUAUCGCCUUUCUAUUUUGUGUCACCGUGGUGGCUUCUGCUCCGCUGGAAGCUCCACGACCGUUAGGCCAAAGUUCCAAAGGCGGUUGGGGCUACUACACUACCUACACACCAAAUGGAGGAUACACGGCAACGUACAACGCAAAUGAAAAGGCACCCCGUGUUGCAUUUAACCAACUGGCCGUUUCUCCAGCCGGAAUUCAACCAUACGCCGCCCUGGCCGGUGUUCCAAACUACGGUUUGAGAUACUUCCCCUUUAGCCCUUCGCCCGCCUACUAUCCUUACGGAUAUCAAGAUCCAUCGGAAAACUACGAUUUCGAAGGCGAGUACGAAACGAAAUCGGACGACGUGGAAAAUAAAGACGAAGUAGACGAUGAGCGAGCUAACAACGUCAACACUCAAAAUAGCGGAACGAAUACAAUGAACCCUGCCUUAAGCACAAUCGUGAACUUGAAUCGAUUGAAUAUAAUGCGCUUGGCGUUCAGAAAUGCAAUGAUGCUAAUGCUGGGUUAGAAAUGUGCGGUUAAACAGAGUAGACAACUUCUAUUUUCACGUCAAAAAUCUCGUCUUCAACUUCAAGUUAAAACUAUGUAUUUAAUAUUGUUACAUCUAUUUGCAUUCUUAUUUUUAUUUUUAUUUUUUUUUUGGUGAUUUAUGAAAGGGAAAAUCAAUUACUUUCGUCGGUUUCUUUUUUGGCUUAAAGUGUUUCUUGAAUGUGCAAAUUUGAAUUCAACUCUAUAAAAUACAAAUACAUUGCGUCGAAUGAAA